AUGUUCCUGUUCCAUAUUCCCACGACGAAACGGUUCAUUUUACACACGGGUGACUUUCGAUUUUCUUGGGACAUGCUGACUCCUCCGAGUCCUCUGGCUCAAUUCUUGCCUUCCUCAUCAUCCCAGUCCACGCAGUUGCAUUCUAUUUAUCUGGACACGACAUAUUGUGCUCCGGAAUACGACUUCCUAUCCCAACAAGAGGUGAUUGAUAGUGCUAUCCAGGUUACUAGAGAUUUUCUCCGCGAACAACCAUCUGGUCUGAUCGUCUGCGGGAUGUACUCCAUCGGCAAGGAACGCUUUGUAUACGGUGAGUCUGUUUUCCACCUGCCCUAUAUUUCACCGUGA